AUGUCCAAAACCACAGUAACUAGCGAUUCGUCAAUUAGCGAUAGAUAUGAAUUGCAACCAAAUAAUCAGAUAACCAAUGAAAUGGAGCCGAAGACUGUGCCCGACAUAAGUGCUGAACAGACAGUUAAAAAGCGGGACAAAAAUGUCAAACAAAAGGAUGAAAAACCAAUUGAUAAGAAGAAGUUGAAAAGACUACAGAAAUUGGAGAGAGAAAGGAAACGAUUCGUAAAACUAAUUCAUGACGAGUCCAAACGAUUGAUGCAAAUCAUAAUUCCAAUCACUGUUACCAUGUUUUUGGUCAUACUUUCCAUUCAAUUCUUUCCGGUCUUCUCCACAGGCAAACUAUCUCGCACGUUUGGCGAAAAACUGAACUGGGAGAAAGAGGGCUCGUCAAGCGGGUCCAAGUUGGGCACGGCGUUGAUAGCGGCCGCCAUAUUUGUGGUGCUGAUGGCAAUCAUAACGUUUGUGAUGGCACUCAUCAUAAUCUAUAACUUUAUGGUUUGCGUUAAAGUGUUUUUCAUCUUCGCGUUUGUCAUAUACUUCGGACUAUUUAGCGCUGGCUAUGUCUACAUCGCUCUCGACGAGUAUAACGUACCCAUGGAUUGGAUAACAGUCGGUGUGUUUAUCUGGAACUAUACGGCCGUCGGUAUUGUCAUAUUCUUCAUCGCCGGACCUAAACUACUGAAACAGACUUAUCUCAUACUAUUGUCGGCAAACGUGGCUCUCAUACUGAUUCUGGUGUUACCCGAGUGGACCACUUGGUUACUACUGGGGCUCAUGUCUAUUUGGGACUUAUAUGCAGUUCUCCACAAAACAGGUCCGCUCAAUAAGAUGUUAUCGGCGUUGGAGGACAAGAAGCAAAUGCCUCCCAUUUUGUAUUCGACAGUCAUUUUCCUACAAACAGACGUUGAAGAGGACGACGAUUCUGGCGUUCAGUUAGGUUUGGGAGACUUUGUCUUUUAUAGUUUAUUAGUCGGCCGAUCGUACGCUUCAUCCGAUCUGUUGACAGCCAUUAUCUGUUAUAUAAGUAUAACCGUCGGACUGGCCAUCACUUUAUCGAUAUUAGUAACGAUAAAUACACCCCUCCCGGCCCUUCCCAUAUCCAUAGCACUGGGAGUUAUAUUUUACUUCUCCUCAAAGUAUUUUAUUAUACCCUUUAACGACGAACUCCAGGAAAGGCUUAUCUUUAUCUGA